CCUGCCUCGAAGGUUGGUGCGGGCAAGUGGGGCAAUGCGAAGCGCGUUUAUUGCUCUUCUUGUUCUCAAGACAUUAUUGAGUUUUUUUUAAACCAUGGAUCGUGGGCAGUGUUUUGAGACUUGGACCCUCCUUUUUUAAACUGAUGAAAAUAACGGGAUUGAUUAUUAUUGACAAAUAAGGGUUUUUCCCAAAGGGAACGCUUAUAAAUGAAUAGAAUUUGAAGUUUUUGAAUUAAAUGGACGAUGCGAAGUGCCACAUUAUUUUCCAUAUCAGUGUAUCUGGUUUUUUUGCAAAUUUUUUAACUAUUAAUGGUAUAUGUUUUGGUAUAGUGAUAUUACACUAAAAUGUGAGAGUGAUGUAACAUCCAAUCGUUUCUAUAUAAUAAUUACAGAACCUACUAUUUAAGACCUGAUACGGUUUUUUUCUUCCUGAGAAAUACAUGCUUUUCAACUUCUUGUAUCCCAAUCGCGCUCAAGGAAUGGAUACGAAUAGUCCUUCAGUGAAUGGUGUCGCCUAUACCGAAGCUGCGGAGAUACUGAAACCAGACCCAGAUCCCUUCACUGGUCCGCUCCAAUCCGUCGCGCCGUGGAACUUCAAAAUCUUGGCUGCUUUGAUGUUCAUAAUAACAUCUUUGUCUCUGUCUGAGAACUUCACUGUUAUGCUCGUUACGUUUAGGUUCAAACAACUGAGACAGCCCCUGAACUACAUAAUUGUUAACCUGUCUCUUGCUGACUUUCUUAUGUCGCUAAUCGGGGGCACGAUAAGUUUUUUGACUAAUGCUAAAGGCUACUUCUUCUUGGGAGCUUGGGCGUGCGUAUUGGAAGGAUUCGCUGUGACUUUUUUCGGAAUUGUCGGUCUGUGGUCGCUCGCUGUCCUGGCCUUCGAGCGCUUCUUCGUGAUCUGCCGUCCGCUAGGGAACAUCCGUCUGCGAGGGAAGCACGCCGCGCUGGGGCUGCUGUUUGUCUGGACCUUCUCCUUCAUCUGGACUAUCCCCCCGGUGCUGGGCUGGGGCAGCUACACCACCAGCAAGAUUGGCACCACCUGUGAACCCAACUGGUACUCGGGAAAUCCCUCUGACCAUGGCUUCAUCAUCACCUUCUUCUGCACCUGCUUCAUCCUGCCGCUCACCGUCAUCAUCAUCUCCUACAGCAAGCUGAUGAGGAAACUGAGGAAGGUUUCCAAUGUACACGGCAGGCUAGGUAAUGCCAGGAAGCCGGAUCGUCAGGUGACGCGCAUGGUCGUGGUCAUGAUCGUGGCCUUCAUGGUGGGCUGGACGCCAUACGCGGUCUUCUCCAUUACUGUCACGGCCUGCCCCAGCAUCCACCUGGACCCCCGCCUGGCCGCGAUCCCCGCCUUCUUCUCCAAAACCGCCGCCGUCUACAACCCGGUCAUCUACGUCUUCAUGAACAAACAGUUCAGGAAAUGUCUCAUCCAGCUGUUCAGCUGCAGCAGCAGCGCCCCCCUGGACUCCACCGUGAACCAGACGUCGGAGCGGGCGGGCGCGACCGGCGAGAGCAACACGGGCGAGAUGUCGACCAUCUCUGCCCGGAUCCCUGCGGCCGCGGGCGGAGCACAGAAUCAGGAUGACGAGACGAGCGAGGGCAGCACCUUCGCUGAACUGCCCAUCCCUGAGAACAAAGUCUGCCCCAUGUAGGACAGUGCCUCUUCUCUAGAACCCCUACUACUGCACAGAGUCACAGACACAGAGACACCCACUCACAGACAGGAGACACACACUCUCAGACAUGAGACACACACACUCAAACAGGGAGACACGCACUCAGACAGGAGACACACACUCUCAGAC